CGGCGCUCCGUCUCCGCGCCAGUGGCGAGAGCUGCUCUCCGGCCGCCGCGAUCCCGAGGACACGGCCUCUUCGGCACAUCCAACCCCUGGGAAUCGGCAGCCCCAGCGGCGGGAGCGGCCGCAGCCGCCUCGGCUCUUCUACCGAGUCCUUCCCCUCACCCUGCGGAGAGCCUGUCCCAACCACUGAGACACCUCUUUCGUCCUCCUUCCGAGGCUCCUGGGACCGACGGACAGACGUAGGGAGGUUCGGGUCCCGGACCUCAGGCAGCGGCAAGCACGUGGCGAAUGGUGCUCUGGAGGGCCUCCUGUGAUCACAUCUUUGGGACUCUUUGUUGACGGAAUCAGCAGACAUUACAUUUACUCAGAUGUAAUCCCAGAUUAAUGGAGUUGUUGCAGAGCUGAUAACACGGCUCACUAAGACUGAACAGCUGCCCAUCACAUGCCAAGAGUGAUAACGGGUUAAAAAAACUGCAAAGUUUGGAUCUUCUUCUGCUCUUCUGCCUCAGAAGCAAGAAAAAAUGGAGAAUUGAUAUUCAAAGGUCUUUGCGGAGACGGGUCUGGAACCUGACCACUGGGAGUCCAUGACCCCCGCGGUUGCACCCCAUCAGCAAUGAAAGGGUUAUCGGGCAGCCGCAGCCAUCACCACGGAGUCACCUGUGAUUCCGCCUGUGACUCACUGUCACACCACUCAGACCGCAAGCCAUAUCUGCUGAGCCCGGUGGAGCAUCACCCAGCGGACCACCCUUACUACACUCAGCGCAACUCCUUCCAGGCAGAGUGUGUGGGCCCCUUCAGCGACCCGUUGGCCAGCAGUACCUUUCCACGCAGACACUACAACUCACAGCAGGAGCUGAAGGACGAGUGCGCCCUGGUACCCCGCACCCUGGCCACCAAGGCCAAUCGCCUCCCCCCCAACCUCCUGGAUCAGUUUGAGAGGCAGCUGCCGCUCAACCGGGAUGGCUACCACACGCUGCAGUACAAGCGCACGGCCGUGGAGCACCGGAGCGACAGCCCUGGCCGCAUCCGCCACCUGGUCCACUCAGUCCAGAAGCUCUUCACCAAGUCCCACUCCUUGGAGGGGCCAUCCAAAGGCAACGUCAACGGGGGCAAAGCGAGCCCCGACGAGACGCAGACUGUGAGGUAUGGCAAGCGCAGCAAGAGCAAGGAGCGGCGCCCAGAGCCCAAGGCCCGACCCAACACCUCCCCAGGCUGGUGGAGCUCGGAUGAUAACCUGGACGGCGACAUGUGCAUCUACCAUGCCCCCUCGAGUGUGAUGACCAUGGGCAGGUGCCCCGACCGCUCAGCCUCGCAGUACUUCAUGGAGACCUACAACACCAUCAGUGAGCAGGCAGUCAAGACCUCCCGGAGUAACAAUGACGUCAAGUGCUCCACCUGUGCCAACCUGCCGGUCACCCUGGACGCACCGCUCCUGAAGAAGAGCGCCUGGUCCUCCACUCUGACCGUGAGCCGAGCCCGGGAAGUUUACCAGAAAGCUUCAGUUAACAUGGACCAGGCCAUGGUGAAGUCAGAGUCGUGUCAACAAGAACGUUCCUGCCAGUACCUUCAGGUUCCCCAAGAUGAAUGGACAGGGUAUACCCCUCGAGGUAAAGAUGAUGAAAUUCCAUGCCGACGAAUGCGGAGUGGCAGCUAUAUCAAAGCCAUGGGAGAUGAAGACAGUGGUGACUCGGACACAAGUCCCAAGCCUUCUCCCAAAGUUGCUGCACGAAGAGAAAGCUAUCUCAAGGCUACUCAGCCUUCUCUCACAGAACUCACCACACUCAAGAUUUCUAAUGAACACUCCCCCAAGCUCCAGAUCCGGAGUCACAGUUACCUGAGAGCAGUAAGUGAAGUCUCUAUCAACCGAAGCCUAGACAGCCUUGACCCUGCAGGCCUGCUCACGUCACCAAAGUUCCGCUCCAGGAAUGAGAGCUACAUGCGAGCCAUGAGCACCAUCAGCCAGGUGAGUGAGAUGGAAGUGAACGGGCAGUUUGAGUCCGUGUGCGAAUCGGUGUUCAGUGAGCUGGAGUCCCAGGCGGUGGAAGCCCUGGACCUGCCCAUGCCCGGUUGCUUCCGCAUGCGGAGCCACAGCUACGUGCGGGCCAUCGAGAAGGGCUGCUCCCAAGACGACGAGUGUGUGUCCCUGAGGUCCUCCUCCCCACCGCGCACCACCACCACCGUGAGGACCAUUCAGAGCAGCACGGGUGUCAUAAAACUGAGUUCUGCUGUUGAAGUGUCAUCUUGCAUUACAACAUAUAAGAAGACACCACCUCCAGUCCCACCCAGAACUACCACGAAACCUUUCAUUUCUAUCACAGCCCAGAGUAGCACAGAGUCUGCCCAGGAUGCCUACAUGGACGGCCAGGGCCAGCGAGGAGACAUUAUCAGCCAGUCUGGACUGAGCAACUCCACGGAGAGCCUGGACAGUAUGAAGGCUCUGACAGCUGCCAUCGAAGCUGCAAACGCCCAGAUCCACGGCCCUGCAAGUCAACACAUGGGCAACAACCCUGCCACUGUCACCACCACGACCACCAUCGCCACCAUCACUACAGAGGACAGGAAGAAGGAUCACUUUAAGAAAAAUCGAUGCCUGUCUAUUGGAAUACAGGUGGAUGAUGCUGAAGAACCUGACAAAACAGGGGAAAAUAAAGCGCCCAGUAAGUUCCAGUCCGUAGGAGUGCAAGUAGAAGAAGAGAAGUGCUUCCGCAGGUUCACCCGAUCCAACAGUGUGACGACAGCAGUGCAGGCUGACCUGGACUUCCAUGAUAAUCUGGAAAACUCUCUGGAGUCUAUAGAGGACAAUUCAUGCCCGGGCCCAGCCGCCAGACAGUUCUCCCGGGAUGCCAGCACCUCCACUGUCAGCAUUCAGGGCUCAGGAAACCAUUACCACGCCUGCGCAGCUGACGAUGACUUCGAUGCGGAUUUUGACCCUUCGAUUCUGCCUCCCCCGGAUCCCUGGAUUGACUCAAUCACUGAAGAUCCCAUGGAGGCUGUUCAAAGGUCAGUGUGCCACCGGGAUGGCCACUGGUUUCUGAAGCUUCUCCAGGCGGAACGAGACCGCAUGGAAGGGUGGUGCCAGCAGAUGGAGAGAGAAGAGCGGGAAAACAACCUGCCUGAAGACAUUCUAGGGAAAAUCCGAACUGCAGUGGGCAGUGCCCAACUUCUCAUGGCCCAGAAAUUCUACCAGUUCAGAGAACUGUGUGAAGAAAACCUGAACCCUAAUGCUCAUCCAAGGCCCACCUCCCAGGAUUUGGCGGGGUUCUGGGACAUGCUGCAGUUGUCCAUAGAAAAUAUUAGUAUGAAAUUUGAUGAACUUCAUCAGUUAAAGGCCAAUAAUUGGAAACAGAUGGAUCCUCUUGACAAGAAGGAGAGAAGGGCCCCUCCUCCAGUGCCAAAGAAGCCGGCGAAGGGCCCCGCGCCGCUGAUCCGGGAGCGCUCGCUGGAGAGCUCGCAGCGCCAGGAGGCCCGCAAGCGCCUGAUGGCAGCCAAGCGCGCCGCGUCAGUCCGCCAGAACUCGGCCACGGAGAGCGCCGAGAGCAUCGAGAUCUACAUCCCCGAGGCGCAGACCCGGCUCUGAGGCGUCCGGGCCGCGCCGCGCGCGCGCGUCCCGCGGCGUCAGGACCCAGUGUCUGUCCUCCCCUCCUCCUCUUCCCUCCCCGCUGCGCCCUCCGAGCCCGUCUGUCUCUAAGCCCAGUGACUUCCACUGUCGCGGUGUAGUUGUUCAUCUCGCAGAAGCCGUCCCCCAAUCACCCCUCUGCCCAAGCCAGUUUGCCCAUGUUCUUCACUGAGCUUAGCCACCUGUAUUGAUGCGUCACCCUGCCUCAUCCGGAUAACCAACCCUUUCUGUUCUCGGCAAAACUAAGCCCACCUGUGUAGAAAUAGCCCCUUUAAGUCACUCACCAUCCUCAGUUCUCUCAAGUUAGUCUGUCCCUAGAGCUCAGCAAUAUAAAACCAUAGGGUAUUUCAGAAAUCCAGUAUCACAGGGUGAACCUUUAGGACCUAACCGUCUUCCACGUGAAAGAAACUAGGGCUCCGAUUCCCUGUAUUUCCCCUAAACGGUUAUUAUUUUGCAAAGCGGAUGGAGCACUUUAUUUCCAACCUCAGAAAUCACACCAUCUCACCGGAAUCAAUGAGUGACAAACCCAGAGAGGACCGAGCUGGGCUGGGGGUGGAGGACCUGGAUGUGUAGUGGGAAAGGGAGAAGCAAAAUCUGCAGGUGCUGGGGUGACCUGCACCACUCACAGCUGCACAAACUGCCUCACUGUUACUUCAUCAAGCACUGCUUCAAAUGUAACAAUCAGCAGAAGAUUGUAAAUUCGAUCUUUCAGGGAAAUUAAUCUAUUCUGAAAGGCAAUAAAAUGAAGAAAGGCAAGGCAAAGGAAGCACUGAGAGUUUAAGAUACUACAUAAGGGUUUUAUUUUGUGUUCUAUUAUUAAGAAAAUUUAGACCUGAAGUGUUUUAUCAACUUUUAUUGUGUUAUGUAUAUUAUCUUGUCGUGGUGGUGGGGUCUUAAAGGGGAAACUGUUGGUUGGUUCUAUUAAUUUAUUAGUGUUUAUCCUGGGGAUCCUACCUAUUUAUACCUAUGUAAGUACACAUCUGCUUCUGAAGUGCUGUAAAUGGCAGCCAGGCUGUUUUCAGAGACAAGUGGAUUUUCCUUUCACCCCUCUGAAUGCUACACAUCCAUCCCUUUUUAACGGUUAGUUCACAUCGCAGACAUAUUUCCUCCUUUAGUCUCCUCUCACUCUUACAGAGUCCUGUCAUCCACCAGGAUAAGGAUUUUGUCCUAUGUCAACCCGAUAAAAUAAAUUUUCUACCCCAAAAGAUAUGCCUCAUUCCAAAGACCUGCCACUCAUCUUGAAGUCCCAGGUAAUAGAAAUUUGACUUACAAGGCUCAGAAACCACAAGGAGAGAGAAAAAGUCACGACUCACAAACAUGGAAAGAAACCCAGGCUUUUGGCAGAGAAUGUUGAUUUACAUUUUUAAUCAUGAUGAUGGGCAGUAUGCACUUUGCGUCCAGCUGAAGUUAUCUUUAAAUGCCCUUACUCGUAGCAGUUUAAACAUUUAGAAUGUGAUGAUCUUAAAGUAUCACUGGCAUUUUGUGUCCAGCUCCCACCCUGAAGUAUUAGAAAUUACCAUUGAAAAAUGAAAGACUUUUAAAAACAUACAUCAAAUAUGCUUGCACCAGAGAAGCUUUUUCAAAAAAAUAUAUAUAUACUCGCAUAGCCAGGUGCUAAUUUAAUUUUAUUUAUGAAAUUAAGAGAGUGAUGGGUUCUGGCAACAACUAUUUUCAAGGAUAUAUUCUAAAACCACUAGAGAAUUUGCUACCUCUCAGAGCCACUGAUGCUUUGAGCAAUCUUUAUAAACAGGGCACAAAUGUUUACUGCUGUGGUUUACAAGAAAAGGGCUACUAACUUAUUAAAAAACAAAUUUUUAACUAGGGUGAGCAAAGCACCUUGAGUGCUUUGUAAAAUUGGAGCAUACAGAGAUAUUGAGCUUCAAGUACUUGCUGGUUUUAAACAGAAUACAUCUUUACUUUGUAACUGCAUUGGAAGGUCACACAAAAUUUGCAUCAAGUAAGGCCAACUGCCACCUUGGGUAGCCUAUGGUCACAUUCAAUCCCACAAAUGACUUGGAACUCACAAAUUAGCAUGAAGGAAGCGAAAUCCAUUUGAAGACCCAUGUUCCCAACUACAGCUCUGUGCCCUGAAGUAGAUAGAGAUAAGAUUUGGAUUAAGAAAUAGAUUUAUAAUAUGACUCAAGAUCAUCCUACACCAUUUGCUUUGGAAACUGGUUUAGCCCAGGAUAUUUUAAAGAGAGACAAGAGAAAGCCUAUUCAUCUUGUCUAUGUGAAUGGUAUUUGUAUAUUCAUAAGCUAUUUUUGGUAAGAAUUUUAAAUCUUUUAGCUAUAUGCCCACAGGCAUCAUGACCUUUGCCUUCCUUAAAGACACAAAUUGUGCAAACACUUUAUAAAGAGCUAAUUAUUGAUGUUAAAACAUGACCCCACAUAAAGCUGCUUGUUAAUCACUUGCCCCUUUAACUGACAUCCAUGAGUAUAACCUUUGUUACAUUGUUCUUUUUGAUGUAAUUUGUAGAAAUGUUUUUUAGUUCAUAAUGGAAAAUGUAUUUACCCAGAAAAAUUACUUAUUUUGUUUAACUUUGGUAUAAAGAUGUUUGGGCAUUUUCUCGGGGAGGGGGGAUUACAAAAGAAGUUUGUCUCCCACAUCAAAAAAGUUCAAAGAAAUUAAGUAUUUAUUAUAUUUUUUGCAGGUGUUUCCAUACAAUUCACAUAACCUUUUUGUAAAGAGAGAUGAAGAAAUGGAUUAAAGAUUUUUAAUAUUUGAAAUGGUAAAUAGAACUAAUUUAUUUGUAAUAUAUUUCUGUUAUUUAUAGAUGUUUCCUUAAUGUUUUACUGUGCAUUACCACUUUAAUUUAAGCCUUAUCCUUGUGAAUUUACCAUUUCUUUUUAAAAAAACAUGUCUAGAUGCAUAUUUUAAAUAACUGGAGUGUAAAUCACUAGCAUAUCUCAAUUCCCAAAUGUAAUUUUUAAAAAUUAUUUUGGUUUGGAAAAAAAAAGAUUCAUUUGAAAGCCUUCAGAUGGAGGGGUGGGGAACAUUUUUAUGGCUUUAUGAAUUGGAAUUUCAUAGGCUUAUCUACCUAGAUUGUGUGUGGACAAAAAAAAAUGUAAAUAGAUGAAUGUUUCCCAUAAUGUAAAAAGAUGAAAUUAAUAAAAUAAUUA